AUGUCGGAGCACAUCAAUGUCCCCAAAGAAGACGACGACAAGAUCAACAGAACCCUCCGCGAGAACCUACCCGACAACAUUAAUGAAGCUUACUCUCUUUCAUCGGCGACCCACUAG